AUGUCCUUAAUGAAAUUCACUAUAAAUAAGCUUUACUCGAAAGCAACCGUGCCAUCUGUACAGCUUCUACGCUGCUACUCCGUUCCACCAAAGUUUACCGAGCAAUACCGGGGCCCACCAAAACUUCCCAAACACGAGCAAGAAGAGUUUGAAAGAUUACAAAAUAUUGCCCAGUCACAGAUCGCUAUUGAUGAUUAUAACGAUCGAUUGCUAGCAGCACAGCGUGAAGCUGCUGCCGCUGCCAGCGGUGCUACAACUCAAGAGAUUGAAGAUGCAGUGAAACCGCCUGUGGUUAAUGAUAACUCGGAUAUUGGUACCUUUGCUUAUUUGAAGACUAUUCCCGAGUUUGAAGGGGAUGUGAAUCCAAAAACUGGUGAAAUUGGUGGCCCCAAGCAAGAUCCAUUGAAACAAAGCGAGGAAUGGACUUACAAUGGCCGUACUAUUGACUUUUAA